UAAGAAUAAACUAAAGGAAUUGCUCUGUGAAGUCGACCUUGCCAUCAUGCCAUCAAGGGCGGAAGGUUUUGGAUUGUUCGCUCUUGAAGCGUUAUCUGCUGGUCUUCCUAUUCUUGUGAGCGGUAACUCUGGAUUUGGAGAGGCAUUACAGGCCAUACCUUAUGGCAGCUCAUUUGUUGUGGAUUCUGAGGAUUACAAGAAGUGGGCAAAGGCAAUCACUGCUGUCCGUCAGAAAGACAGAGCACUACGAUUGGAAGAGAUUCAGAUGCUUCGGGCAUACUAUGAAAAGGAGUAUAGCUGGCAGACGCAGGGCGAAGAUCUUAUUGACAAGAUGUGGAACUUGGUUCAUGAUUAAGCGAACAUCAAGAACAGAUCAAAACGUGGCAGAGUAACGAGGCGACUGUAUUUUGAUAUUCUUUGCCUGUCGUCGAGCAAUAGAUCCGACCGACCCUUGAUGUCAUGACCCAAGUUGGGAUAUUUCUUUGGUUCAUUAAACAUAGUUCUCUACAACUCCCCGCGGAUCGAGAGCUCGUGUGUAGACUGGAGCCGAGC